AUUUAAAUGAAUGAAGACACGUUUAUUAUGGGGAAGAACCAUAAGAUAUUAUUAUAAUGACGAAGUUAUAUAAGAAUAACAUUUGGACAUACUAUUUUAAGGAGCCUGAUAUCAGAUAGUACAUCCUGUAUCAUACUGUAUCUAGUACCAUACGAACAAACAGCACUAUAACAGAUAUCUGUUACAGGUAUCUAAUCAUUUAAAUACAUUGUGUACAGACAAUGUAUUCAGGUUAUAUUUAAACAUACCAAAAUCAUUGAUCUAUGUUCUGUUCUGGCCAAUAAAUAUUAUGAAAAUUAGACUAUUGUGUAAUUUUAUGAAAGUUAGAUAGUCACAUUAUAUGAGCCAAUAGGGUGUCUCCCACUAACUAACCCCUCCUUAUCCGAUUGGGUGUCUAUUGCAUUCCUUGUCAUUGGUUGACAUAUGCAGCUGUUCAAAAAUAGCCCUCUCCAUGGGACCAGACAUUUCCCUGAGUGGCCAACAGAUAGCCUGCAAGGCGAACUGCUAGUUGUGUUGAGACAUAUAGUUCCGGCUAGAGGUGUAUUGGUUUUGUUGCUGUGAGGAUAUUUAUAUCAAAUACGCAACAGGCCUACCCUGUAGGCUUAUCGUGUGUACUGAGGUGACGGUAACCAGACCUCCAAGUCAACUGGAGAAAUGGAAACCUUUGCUGAUCACUUUCAGCAAUUCCAUCACGUCCAUGGAACCAACGUGCAACUGGACCCUACGAAGACCCAGGCUACCCGAGUCGAGAGCUUCGCCAACGGGGUGUGCUUUAGCAGAGAGCCCCUGAGUCCCGGGGAGAUCUUUUUAGUUGAGAUUGAGGAGAAGGAGCUGGGCUGGUGUGGCCACCUGCGGAUCGGGCUGACUGCCAGAGACCCUCUGACCCUGGCCAGGGUGCCUGAGUACUCCCUGCCGGACCUCAUGGACAUGGGGGACAGCUGGGUGGUGGCCAUCACGCGUAACCACAACAGAGUAGUGGAGGAGGAGGCUCUGGCACCUGAGAGAGAGGGGGCAGGAGAAGGAGGAUUGGCGGGGGGUCAUAGGUUGGGCAAUGGCAGGGAAGAACCAGGUCGGAGGCUGCCUAGGCUGGGGGGUGGCGACGUGGAGGAAGAAGCGAUUAAUCCCAAACCCAAGUCUUUCUUCACGGACUCCCAUCUACACAUUGAACAAAUUCAAAUACCCAUGGACAAGCUGAUCGGUCGUAGUCGACCCGGACGCUUCAGCCACAUCCUGGAUGACCUGUACAAGACCAACGCCCUCCCGCCCACAGCCAGACGAAGCCGGAUAGGGGUACUGUACGUGCCCAAAGGACAGGACCUGGCUGACAUGCAUAUCGUGAUCAAUGGGGAGGAUAUGGGGGCGGCAGCUAAGAGCAUCCCAGUGCAACAGGCUCUGUAUGCUGUGGUGGACGUGUACUCUGCCACAAAGCAAGUCCGCAUUGUUCAAGUGGAAUAUGGAUUCUCUUCCCUGCAGACUCUGUGUAGAAAGUGCAUCCAGAAAAAUAUAGUCCACAGGAUGGCUCUGGACUGGCUGGAACUGCCCGAGAGACUCAAACACUACUGCAAGUAUGAGUGACAGUCUGACAGAGCGCUUUGGACUGAGUAGCCUACCUCCUGAAGCUUCUCACAAGAACCAAUCUUAAAAUCUGUGUUAUUAAUGCAUUUCAGAAAAUAUAAUGCUAUUGUGUACUUAAUGUAUUUACAUUAUUGUGAUAUUCUUUACAAUGAAUCCCUGUUCUCAAUGAAUCCAUGUUCUCUACCAGUUAUCAUGGUCUCCAUGAAUACACUACUUUUUCCCAGUUGGAUAAUAAAUGCAUGACAUCGUCAUCUUGAUGUCUAUUUUCCUCCUACAUUUCCUCCUACACGUGUACAUUAUUGUGUCGGUUAAUCAUAAUUCUCACAACAGCGGGCGAGUCCUUACAAAGACAGUAGGCCUACU